AUGGAUGCUCCUCCUGAAAUGGACUUGUUUCCCCUAAAGGGUAACAUCGAACAAGGAAAUCAUCCACCCUGCUUGAAAAAAAAAAACAGCAAAAUUAUUUCUUAUUUGAAAAAUGAAUCAAAAAUUAAUGUACUCUUAUCAAAAGUUAAAGAAAAAAAUGGAGUAAAUUUCUUAAAGAAUAAUCAAUGUGGAAAAUUCUCCCUUAAGGAGGAUAAAAGAAAAGAGGUCAUCCUUUGCAAUCACUUGUCUAAUUUGUCCUAUACCCAAACAAGUGAAAAAGGCAUAAAUGAAAAAAAAGGUGAAAUAUACAUGUAUAGGAAGUAUGCAAGUGAACAUGACAAUACACCUAUGUCGUCACCACCAGGAAAAAAAAAAAGAACAAAGAAAUCUACACUCCUGCACAGAUUAGUAACACUUCCUUCUGGGGUACAAACACAAAAAGCGGAUGCACAACUUAACAGAUACACAGGAGAAGUAAAAAAGAAUGAUGUAACUUCCGAGGGGGGAAAAAUAAUUACACAUGAAUAUAAAUUUUGCAAAAUGAAGGCCAAAAAAUAUAGCACGUUGAAAUACAACAUAUUUGUUAAGGGACUCAAAAAUGUAGACAACGGGACAGAGGAAAGGAACACUUCCUUUCCAAGGGAGGAACCCGCAAUGAUCAGUAACAAGGUAAAUUGUAGGAAAAUUCAACAUGCAGAAAGAAGUGCAAAAUUCAAUUGUGACGAUUUACUACAAAUAUACGAACAUAGAUACCUUCGCCAUAUUUUUAGAAACAGCAAAAAUGUACCUUCUCAUAAGGAAAUAAAACAGAUAUAUAAUACAGAUUACGUGCAAAGCCAAAAUAGGUAUAACUCAAAAGAGCAACAAUUAACCAAUGGAAAAAAUUACAAUAAUUUGGACAAAUCAGAAACUGGAAUUAACGAUCAUCAUAAUUCGAAUCAUAUACUCUAUCCUAGUGAUGGAAAAUAUGGGAAGGAUACCAUUUUGAAGAGAAACAUAAAUGAUGAAAUCACCACCCCAGGGGAUUGCACACAUUCUCGUUACAGUUCGUGUCAUUCCAACGGGGUUAAUAAUGCUCAGGUGAAAAGUAACACCGCAGAUGAUCCUAUCAACCAAAUUGGAAGCGGCCCCGUCAAGAAUGACAAUGCGAUUAUGUUGAGUGAAAAAAAUACUCCCAUUUCUUACGUAGACAUGGAGGACCCCCAUAGGAGCGAUAACUUGGAGGGCGAAAAAAUACCAAAUGAUGGUGAGUCCGAUUUUAAACAAAUGGGAAACAGUUGCGAGAACAACACAGAAAAGGAAAAUAAAAAUAUUCUGAACUAUUCGAAUGUUUACAAACCUAGUGAUGAAGAGGCGUCUCCAAUUGAGCCUCCUCAAAAUGGGAAACACAAAAAAAACGAAACGUUAACUAGUACGAAUUCUGUAACGGGAGAAUCCCUAGUGGCACCCCCGACCGUAAAUAAACCUGAACAGACUGUAAACUUCAGAGAAGAAGAGGAGAAUCCAACAUGCCUCCUACCCAACACUCUGCAGCCAAAAAAGGAAGAAAGGGAGAAAGUUGCAUGCGCCCCCAAAGCAACGGAAAAACUCAUUAAAAAUAUACUAAUUGAGGAAUUAAAAAAUGAAAUAUAUUAUAGUAUUAUCAAAAUGGAAGAUGAAAAAGUGUCCAGCGAAUAUGAACACAGAAAAUCACGGAAAGGGAGAACCUACAAAUUGGGGGGUAUCAAUCGGUUUGAAACACCUAGAGGAGGAAGCCACCUCUCUGCAAGCUGUCCGCCCUCCUUUAUACCUGACACCUGUAGCAGUGAUAAAAACAAAACGAUCGACAUGAAAAAUAUACCUGAAGUGGAGACCAUCGUUGAAAAAUCCCCCGAAACGGACAACAAAGUGCAACACAAGGAUAUACAAAAAAAGAUAUUAAAACAAGAAGGCAAUCAAAACCCACCAAGUGGUAGUAAAAAAAAAAGAGAAAAUGAAGAAAAAAUGGGAAAAAAAAACUGUACUGACUUAAAGAAAGUAAACGUUAAUAGAUCAGAAAAACAGGUCAGCCUUUGUAAAGGUGAUACAAAUAAUGGACAUGUUAAAAAUGAGGAAAAACAUAAACUCAGAAAUGUCCCUAAAAACACAAAAAAUGUGAGCACCCCCAAAUUGGUCAUCCACAAAAUCGAUAAAAAAAAUUCGAAGGAAUAUUUUUCCAUCAAAAUUGAAAAUAAACCGAACACAGUCAAAAAAUUCACACUGGAAAAAACGAGCAAGGAGGGGAAAUCAAAUAGAGAGAAGAAAAAAGUACAUAGUGGUAAUAUUGGACUUCCGCAAAGUCUACCACCGGAAGGUGAACAGAAGAGCACAGUUAAGCAAAGGACGGACGAACGGUGCAGUGGUGCCAAAGGGAGUAGCAGCACAGAGGGGGAAUCAAAGUGCCCCCCCAAUUGUGAGUCAACGCAGCCCCCAAAUUGCCCACCAAAUGAUCCCAAUUCCGCACUCACGUGGACCACUUGGCGGGUCCGCCUAUUCCCCCUCUUUCGAAUUGAGGAGAAUCGAAUCUACGCAGAUAAGAAGAGUAGAGCGUACACCACCUUGACGGAUCACAUAAACGAUAUUAUUUGCAAAACAUUUAAGACGCAAAAGAGAUUCCUCAUUUUUCAUAUUAUCCUCUACUCCGUGAACCUCCUAAUUUUUUAUGCCUUACUACAGAGGGACUUCCUCCUCAAUCAGGACAGUAGCAGCAACACAAAAGGUACACUUUGUAUUUUCUAUAUACUCAUUGCAGAAUUGUACAUACUACUCUUAAACAACGCUUUUUAUUUUUUUUUUAAAAAUCAGAUAAAAAACGUAAUUUUUUCCCUAGACAGGGUUAAUUUAAUACAUAUCAUGAGCAAACUAUUUCCACAGUACUCCUCCUUUUUUAAGAAGCAAUUUUCCAUGCAUGAAAAAAAUGGCAAUUCAUUUUACAAGGAAUUGGAAAGUUACCAAAGCGGGAUACUUAAAGAGAAAGCUUUAUCAUCCGGAGAGCACUCUACGAAUCAGUGUAAUAAUUGGCCCAUUAAAAAAAAACACUCUGUACGCUUUGCAGACUAUGAUAUACUUGACCAACUGAAGAAUGGCCAUUACAAUGUGACAAGCGCAGAAAAUGAUUACGCGCGAUAUGCAAGCCACAACGGAGAAGAUAGCACCACGAAAAAUGCUCUACCCAUGAAUGGGGAAAACUUAUUUCUCUCACAAACCAUGAAAGGAACUCUCAUUCAUUCGCUUUUUAACGCGUCUAACACAACUUCCUAUGGAACAUAUUCGAAACAAGCACAACCACAUAACAGUUUAACAGGACAAGGAAAUUAUCGAAAUUCAUUAGAACAAACUGGACAAAAUGACAAAAUAAAAUACUUCGCCCCGGGGGAAACACACACGAAUAAAUCUACAGAAAAUGAACAAAUAACUAAUCUCACACUUUUCAUACUAAAUGAACAAAAAAAAAAUAUUCCGAAUCAAUUUUUUUUUUUUAAAUUAAGAGAAUACUUCAACUUGUUAAUAAUUUUGUUUGCUUCUUUGCUAAUACACACCACCAUCUUUCUUGAAAUAAAAGAUCCUUUCCAUUUCCACGUAAAAACAAAUUUGUUCUUUUUUAUUUUCGUAUCUUUUAUCAUUUUCCUCCAAGUCCUCAUUUCCAUAAUGGCAGAAAUUGAGGAAAUCUUUAUUCAGAAAAUCAAAAUGCUUUUAAACAAAAGGGUUACAUUUUUGGAUUAUCAGUUGGUUAUGUAUCUGGGGUUGAAACAUUAG